UUCUAAGGGGGCGGGUCUCCUGCUAGGACGAUGGGAUAAAUUGGCGGCCCCCUUCUGCUCGUCCCCGCUCACAGCACUCAACGGCACAGAUACCUCUCACCGACGCGGACUUAAACAGAUCGACAAAAUGGUGAAGUUUGGAGUCAAUGGAUUUGGACGCAUCGGUCGCCUGGUGACCCGAGUGGCACUGCUCACCGGCAAGGCUGAGAUCGUGGCCAUUAAUGACCCUUUCAUCGAUGUCGAGUACAUGGCUUACAUGUUCAAGUAUGACUCCACCCACGGCCGUUUCCACGGUGAUGUGAAGAUUGAUGGAGGCAAGCUUGUUAUCAAUGGACAUGCCAUCACUGUUUUCUGCGAGAGGGACCCAGCCAACAUUAAGUGGGGCGAUGCUGGUGCUGACUACGUCGUGGAGUCCACCGGCGUGUUCACCACCAUCGAGAAGGCCUCAGCCCACUUGAAGGGUGGCGCCAAGAGGGUUAUCGUCUCUGCUCCCAGUGCCGAUGCCCCCAUGUUUGUCAUGGGUGUCAACCACGAAAAGUAUGACAACUCCAUGAAGGUUGUCAGCAAUGCCUCCUGCACAACCAACUGCCUGGCACCUGUUGCUAAGGUCUUGAAUGACAACUUCGUCAUCAUUGAGGGUCUCAUGAGCACCGUGCAUGCUGUCACUGCCACCCAGAAGACCGUGGACUCUCCCUCAGGCAAGCUGUGGAGAGACGGCCGCGGCGCCAGCCAGAACAUCAUCCCAGCCUCCACCGGCGCUGCCAAGGCCGUGGGCAAGGUCAUUCCCGAGCUUAAUGGAAAGCUUACCGGCAUGGCCUUCCGCGUUCCCACCCCUAAUGUGUCUGUUGUUGACCUGACAGUUCGCCUGGAGAAGCCUGCCAAGUAUGACGAUAUCAAGAAGGUCAUGAAGGCAGCUGCUGAGGGCCCAAUGAAGGGAAUUCUUGGAUACACAGAGGACCAGGUUGUGUCCACAGACUUCAACAGCGACCCACACUCCUCCUUCUUUGACGCUGGUGCAGGUAUUGCCAUCUCUGACCACUUUGUCAAGGUGGUGUCAUGGUACGACAAUGAGUUUGGCUACAGCACCCGCGUUGUCGACCUGAUGGUCCACAUGAAGGCCAAGGAGUAAAGUUUUCUGCCGUGAAGCGUUUCCUGCACACUGCUACGUUGUGAUAAUCGUGACAACUUUUCCCUGUAAUCCUGUUCCGCCUCACUGUUUUCCCUGGUGAUGACUUGGCGAUGGGGAGUUCCACUUACAAUCACUUUUUUAAUAAAAACUUUGUGACCCAACAAUUAAA